UAGUUGUUUAGCCGGUUUGGCGCCUCUUUUGUUGCCCGGAGUGACUGUGUUUUGCGUCGUCCCCGCUUUCGUGAUAGCCCUUACUGCGUGUCAUUGUCCAGCCGACUGCAAUGUCGCUUGGGGAUCCGAACCCCGAUACAGCCGCUGCCCUGGGGCCUGUAAACGGUCGGAGCAGUCAGGACCCAGCCGAGGAGGAAAGUGCUGAGCUCCCUCCACUAAAACCCCGGGACCUCGCCAAGAGUAACCGGCGAGACAGCGACUCCGAGCAACCCCUGCUGUCAGCAGCCCCGGAGCCCUCCUCCUUUCCCUCAGAUCCCUCACCGCCUCCCUCUCAGUGCUGCCUCCCAGCGCCCGGCAGCUCCAUUGCACGCUGCUGUCAUGGAGGAGUCAAGAUGGCGGCCCUGGCCUACAAUUUGGGCAAACGGGAAAUAAACCAACAUUUCAGCGUGAGGAACGCCAAAGUCCUGGCCCUGGGGGCCGUGCUGCUGCUCUCCGCCUGCCAUGCCGUGUCCUGGGGAUACUCCCGAGGAGAUGCCACCUGUGACUACCUUAUAUCCAGCGGCAGGUUCCUUGGGGAGAACGUAUGGCAGCCAUACAGCUGUAUGAUGCACAAGUACAAGGCGAGUGAAGCCAAAAGCUGCCUUGCUGACCAACAUGUUACAUUCGUAGGAGAUUCAAGAAUCCGCCAGCUAUUCUAUGCAUUUGUGAAAAUUAUCAAUCCAUAUGUCAAAGAAGAAGGGAACAAGCAUGCAGACAUUCCUUUUGAGGAUAAAGCCGCUAGACUGCGAGUGGAUUUUCUGUGGCACCCAGAAGCGAACAACUCUAUGAAGCAAUGUUUCCAGUCUCUGAGAGAGAGUACAACAUCAAAGCCUCGCAUGGUUGUGGCAGGAGCAGCUACGUGGUCCAUAAAAAUAAACAAUGGCAGUGUGGAAUCUCUUGCCCAAUACAAAGUGAACGUGACCGAUAUGGCACCUGUCUUGGAAAAAAUGGCUGAAACUAGUGACGUGUACUGGGUUUUACAAGAUCCAGUAUAUGAGCCGUUGAUAAGCGAAAGUCGCAAAAUGAUUACAAACGAGAGGAUUGAUGCAUAUAAUGAAAUUGCAGCCGGAAUAUUAAAUGGAACCCACAAAAAGUCCAAGUCAAAGAUACGUCUGUUCAGUGCUUCUAAACUGAUCUCAGAAGAGACCAUGUCUGACUCGGUCGAUGGUCUGCAUCUCCCAGAAUCUAGCCGAGAUAUUAGUGCCAUGAUUCUCAUGAAUGCUUACUGCAACAAUAUCAUAAAGCCCAUCGAUGGCUCCUGCUGCCAGAGCACCCCUCCACUCACUCUCAUCCAGAAGCUGGCGGCUUGCUUCUUUGCUCUAUCCAUUGUUGGCUACGCAUCGCUCACCUUAAUUCAGCGAAACCAGCAUCGAAAAAGUAAGACGUGCAGCGACAUAGAGAGCGGAGAGGAGAAGAAACCGGCCACCGCCACGCCUGCUGCCUCCAACCUGGAGAUCCUUCUGGCCUCUCUUUGUAAACUCGGAAUCAUAAUGGCUUACUUCUACUUCUGUGAUCGCGCAAACUUGUUUAUGAAGGAAAACAAGUUUUACACACACUCCUCAUUUUUCAUUCCGAUCAUCUACAUCCUUGUAUUAGGUGUAUUUUACAAUGAAAAUACAAAGGAGACUAAGUUGUUGAACAGGGAGCAAACUGAUGAGUGGAAAGGGUGGAUGCAGCUUGUCAUAUUAAUCUACCACAUCUCUGGAGCAAGUUCUUUUCUUCCUGUGUACAUGCACGUCCGCGUUCUAGUUGCUGCAUAUCUAUUCCAGACAGGUUAUGGACACUUUUCUUAUUUCUGGCUGAAGGGUGACUUUGGAAUCUAUCGCAUUUCUCAGGUUUUAUUCCGUCUAAACUUCCUAGUCGUGGUACUUUGCAUCAUCAUGGAUCGCCCGUAUCAGUUCUAUUAUUUUGUUCCACUGGUAACCUUUUGGUUCAUGGUCAUCUAUGGUUCGUUAGCUAUUUGGCCACAGAUUAUCCAGAAGAAAGCAAAUGCAAACUAUUUGUGGCAUCUGGGCCUAAUGCUGAAAUUCUCCUUUUUCCUACUAUGUAUAUGUUUUCUGUCAUAUUCUCAGGGUUCCUUUGAAAAAAUAUUUUCUCUGUGGCCUAUAUCCAAGCUGUUUGAAUUAAAUGGAAGUGUCUAUGAAUGGUGGUUUAGAUGGAAGCUUGAUCGUUAUGCUGUUUUCUACGGCAUGCUGUUUGCUUUUAUCUACCUGGCAUUGCAGAAACGUCAGGUUCUCUCGGAAGGGAAAGGAGAACCUCUCUUUUCUACUAAAGUUUCCAAUGUAUUAUUAUUUGUGUCCGUGGUUUCAUUUUUGACAUAUUCAAUUUGGGCCAGCAGUUGCAAGAACAAAACUGAAUGCAACGAGAUGCAUCCCUCCGUAUCAGUCGUACAGAUCUUAGCCUUUGUCCUCAUCAGGAACAUUCCGGGAUACGCACGUUCUGUUUAUAGUUCCUUUUUUGCCUGGUUUGGCAAAAUUUCUUUGGAAUUGUUUAUAUGCCAAUAUCAUAUUUGGCUGGCUGCUGAUACGAAAGGAAUAUUGGUGCUAAUUCCUGGAAAUCCAAUGCUGAACAUAAUCGUUAGCACUUUUAUAUUUGUGUGCGCGGCGCAUGAAAUCUCUCACAUAACCAACAACCUUGCGCAGAUCUUGGUUCCCAAGGAUAACUCUGCGCUCGUGAAGAGGCUUCUGUGCAUGGCUGGUUUCUUUUUCGGACUUCUUUUCUUAUCAGCCUUCCAAAAUUAACUGGAUAUCCUUUUUACGAGAUGGUCCAAAAUCUUGCCGGAGCUAGAGGAGCUAUAUCGGCCUAGAAUCAUGGAUGUCGCGAGGUAAUGGUAUAUACAUGGAUGAAGACUUCGACUAUUUGUACAUAAUUUGCAUAUACAAAGAAGUUGUUCUGAUGCUGUUAUCGGAAAGCUUUUAUCAGCAGCACUAUACAGGACAUUGCAUUAUGGUUUUUUGUUUUUCUAUAAGAAAAUGACUUUAUGUUUGUAUGUCUAUUUGAAGAGGGACUACACAUAAAGAUAUAAGACAUUUUCAGACAAAGCGGAAGGAGCUGACCAGUGAAGCUGUGAAGAAGGGAAAUAGAUGAGCCAUUGGUUUGCGUGGUGGCCUUUAUUACUUACUGUAAAUGUUUUAAAAGCGACUUGCUUGUGAAAUGUGCAAUUUUCUGCCCGUGAAGGUAACUGUCAAAAGGUGGUAAUCUCAUUGA